AUUAAGAUACACAAGUUAACAAAAGUUAUUACUACUGACAAGGGUGAAAUUCUUGAGUUGAAGUUGAAGGGCUCAAGACGACAAAGAUGUGUCGACGAAUUUAAGAAAGGUGUACAGAAAUUGGUGGAAUUCUUUCUUUUUUUUGUUAGUGCUGGCUGCUGAGGAGAGAAGCAGAGGCGAUGAGGAAGCAGUGAGUGCAAAUACAGUAGGUGGUGCUUCAGAUUUACACGACCUUCUUCAACUGCUUACUUACUCGCGAUUACUGCUUCUUGCUUCUUCCUCAAAAUCAACAUCAACUAAGCUAAGUUUUUCAUCAACUAAAAAUGGGAGCUGCAAUUACCAAAAGUUCGUCUCCCAAGUGUGGAGUGCCAGAAUCUAAGCUUGAGGCCAAAAUACUUGAGGCAAUGCGUAGACGAGAAGCUCAAGGCAGUACUAUCAAAUCUUUCAACACCAUCAUUUUGAAGUUCCCCAAAAUUGAUCAAAGCUUAAGAAAAUGCAAAGCUACAUUCGAGAAUUUUGAUGAGGAUGGAAAUGGUGUAAUAGAUUCACAAGAGCUGAAGCACUGUUUUGAAAAGCUGGAGAUCAGUUUCACUGACGAGGAGAUUAAUGAUCUGUUUGAGGCGUGUGAUAUAAAAGAAGUCAAGGGGAUCAAAUUUAACGAGUUCAUAGUUCUUCUUUGCCUCGUCUACUUUCUCAAGGAAGAUCCGGCUGCCCAGCAAGAUAAAUCGUGGAAAGGGAUGCCGAAUCUGGAGGCAACAUUUGAGACACUAGUGGAUGCAUUUGUGUUUUUGGACAAGAACAAGGAUGGGUAUGUGAGCAGAAAUGAGAUGGUUGAUGCAAUAAAUGAAACUACCUCAGGCGAACGAUCCUCUGGAAGAAUUGCCAUGAGGAGAUUUGAAGAGAUGGACUGGGACAAGAACGGAAUGGUGAACUUCAAGGAAUUCCUUUUUGCUUUCACUCGUUGGGUCGGGAUUGAAGACGCUGAUGACAACGAUAACUGAUCUUCAAUAUUUCAAAGAGCAGAAUUUCUGCAGAUCAAGGAACUAGAACAAUAAUUGUACCCUAUCCUAUUAUCUCCAUGGAUAUAUACAUAUGUUGUACAUUAACCUUGUUCAAAUAAUAUUCCACCUUCUGUACAA